AUGCACAUCACUGCCGGAGCCGUGGCCUUCUUUCUGGCCGUGGCCAGUGCCCUGCCCGUGGCCAACCCCAAAGCGCAACCUGAAGCGUCCCCGGAUACCACCGCAGCCCAGGUCACUGAUUACAGUGACUAUGGAAAGUACGGCGAGUACGGUUCAUACAAACGCGAUGAAUCCGCCGGACACCAUUCCCGUGCCGAAGCCGCGGCGCAGGUUACGGACUACAGCGAGUAUGGCCAAUACGGCGAGUAUGGUUCCUACAAACGCGACGACAGCUCGGCCGAAGUGAGCAAGUACGAUGAUUAUGGUGACUAUGGAAAGUACGGAGACUACGGCCACUACCGUCGUGAUGAGGGCGCUGCCGAAGUUGGUGAUUAUGAUGACUACGGCGACUAUGGCAAUUACGGAGACUACGGCCAUUACCGCCGUGGCGAUUCUGCUGCUCAGGUCAGCGAGUAUGACGACUAUGGCAACUAUGGAAAGUAUGGAGACUAUGGACACUACCGUCGUGGUGACGACGCGGCCGAAAUCAGCAAGUACGACGACUACGGCAACUAUGGCGAAUACGGAAACUACGGAAAGUACACUGAGUACAAAAGGCUGACGUUGGAUCAUAGACAAUGA